UUCGACUAACCAUUGCAGAUUGUCCCUAUAUCAAAGCGAGUUGACUGUAGUUAAAAUAAUCAAUAAUUCCACAAACUCAGACUCUUCAUCUUUGUUGAAUUUGUCUUCUUAAGUGGUACGUGGAGGUGUUGAUUGAAGAUGGAAACAGCGACUGCUUUUUGGUCUUCUUGCGGCAGCAUUUCUUCUUUGCCUGCUAAGCGGGUUGUCCGAUCCUGGCCUACACGAUCCUAUUCCGCCCGGUUGGGAUCCAAUUCUCUGGCCUCACCCGCUUGGAUAAAGCGGUACACGUCUACCUUUCAUGGGAACUUAAGCAAAGGAGGAGUGGGUUUUGGAGGCAAGAAGUGCUAUUCUAUCCAAGCUUCAUUGCAUUCUUUUGAAUCCGAGGGUUCGGAUGCUCCUAUUGCUCCACUUCAACUGGAGUCUCCAGUUGGACAAUUUCUCUCUGGAAUAUUAAUAAGCCACCCACAUCUUGUCCCUGCUGCAGUAGAACAGCAGCUUGAACAGCUUCAAUCUAAUCGUGAAGCAGAAGAAAAAAGGGAAGAGCCAUCUGCAUCUGGCACUGACUUAGUUUUAUACAGGAGGAUUGCUGAGGUGAAAGCCAAUGAAAGGAGGAAGGCCUUGGAAGAAAUUUUGUAUGCCUUGGUGGUGAAAAAAUUCAUGGAUGCUAAUGUGACUCUAAUUCCUGUUAUAACUCGGCAAUCCUCAGAUGAUUUUGGCCGGGUUGAUACAUGGCCUAACCAAGAAGAGAAGCUUAUGCGGAUCCACUCGCCCGAAGCUUAUGAGAUGAUCCAUAACCAUCUUGCUCUCAUUCUGGGAAAUCGACUUGGUGAUUCUAAUUCGGUUGCAGAAAUAAGCAAACUUAGGGUUGGCCAGGUUUAUGCAGCAUCUGUGAUGUAUGGAUAUUUCCUCAAGCGAGUCGACCAGAGGUUUCAGUUGGAAAAGAAAAUAAAAAUGCUUCCCCAGGGUAUUGAAAAUGAAGAAAGCAGUAUACAACAAGAUGUAGAAGAGGAGAUGAGACCUGGUGGUGACUCUUUUAGGACCGAUCAAUCCCACCCAGAAGUGUCAUCGUGGUCUGCUGGUGGCAUUAGCCCUGGAGGUUUUGGCCAGGGGAUGAAGCCAUCCAGAUUGCGAUCCUAUGUGAUGUCAUUGGACGGGGAGACAAUUCAAAAAUUUGCAACUAUCAGAUCUAAGGAGGCGGUUAGCAUCAUCGAGAAACACACAGAAGCAUUAUUCGGUCGACCAGAGAUUGUUAUAACACCUGAAGGAACUAUUGAUUCUUCGAAAGAUGAACUCAUCAAGAUCAGCUUUGGUGGUCUGAGGAGACUUGUUUUGGAGGCUGUAACAUUCGGUUCUUUCCUCUGGGAUGUUGAGAGCCAUGUUGACUCUAGAUACCAUUUUGUUGCAAAUUAAGCAUUAUUGACUUUUCCUGGGCAAGGUGAAAUUGGCUGCCGUAUUGCAGAGAAGUGCUACGUGAGGUGCACUGAUUGAUAUGCACGUAGAGAUAAUGUUUGGAUUCAAUGUAAUGGUCCUUAUUGGUGUGAUGUAUGCGAAGCACACAAUUUCUUGAUGCCUUAAUAAAACUUAAAUGUUUAUCUUCAAUUUAUUGGAGGAUUUUCUAA